AUGUCAUUAAUCUCAAGGCUCUUCCCUGAAGUGCGAUCAGCACUCUCUCGCUCACAUCGCCCAACUGCAUCACACUUGGGUCAAAUGCAAUCAGUCUUUGAUGAUCCCUUCUUCCGAGAUCCAUUUGCAUUGGCACCAUCUUUCCUCACUCGAGACUUUCCUCGUCAACCUGCUGUCGACGUCCGUGAAUCUGACAAGGAAUAUGAGAUUGUCGCUGAAGUACCUGGAUUGAAGAAGGAAAAUCUGUCUCUUGAAGUCGUCAAUGACAAUACUUUGACAAUCGGUGGUCACUAUGGAACUGAAAGCACCUCUUCUGGACCUGGUGUUGUCGAGGGAUCUACUGACAAAGCAGAAGCAACCAAGAAGGGUACUGGUGGUGAAGUCAUGUCAUCAGACUCCUCUCGGGAUACAAUUUGGUCGUCAGAACGAAUGCAAGGAUCUUUCCGCAGGAUGUUCUCAUUCCCACAUCACAUUGAUCCUUCCAAGGUCACCGCCAAUUUGAAGGAUGGUAUAUUGCAAGUCAAAGUACCAAAGGAAGAAUCCAAACGCGCAAAGAUUGAAGUUCACGAAUGA